GUCAUGAACAUUUUAACACAGAAUCAAAAACCCUAUAGCCCUUGCUGAAGAAAGUUCUGUGCUUUAAUUAUGAUUUUGAUUUGAGGUUGAAUUUUGAAGAAGACGAAUAGCUUCUCCCAAUCCCAAGGUCAAAAGCAGAGCUCAAAGGGCUCAACAACAAAAGUAGAUUCCGUUCUUGGACAAGAAAAACGUUACAUCCACAUGCCAUAUCCUACGCGCCGGUUUUAAGCCGGUCCCAACACUCACGCCAGUUGGAUUUAAGUAGAAGAAAGAUGGAUUAUAUUGAUGACACGUGGACAAUUUUGGUGUGACAAGUGUGCGGCUCACGUGGAAGCGUUACUCGGUGUCGUCCCUUGCCGCAGGUGCAAACAGUAUCGUGAUGUUAAUGUUAUGCCAAAUAGCAAGUACUCUAAUAGUGCCAAGGAUAAAAGAGCUUGCUUAGAUUCUUCUGCUAGAUCGAGGACCAAGGCUUGCCGUGAGAAGAUGCGGCGAGAUAGGCUGAAUGAGAGGUUUAUGGACUUGUAUUCCAUUUUAGAGCCUGGGAACUUUCAGAACUCCAAUAAAGUUGCCAUCUUGAGAUAUGCAGCUCAUCUUCUGAACCAUCUACGCAUUGAAGCAAAGGAACUUAAGGACAAAAACAAGUUUCUCCAGGAAACGAUUGAAAACCUUAAAGAAGAAAAGUUGGAGUUGCAGGAAGAGAACUUGAUGCUAAAAGCAGAGAAGAAAAGGAUGGAAAAUGCUGUAGAGAGCUUGAGCAUUCCAUCUUCCUUUGCUCCGCAGUUUUCUUUCUAUCCAACGACUACAAGAACACGCCUCUCACGUACCCCAUGAAUUAUAUGCCAAGAUCUUCCGCUGGAUCUCUUUGGCACUCUAUAUAUAUAUAUAUAUAUACCUCUCGAGGCCAAAACGUCCGAUGGCAUAAGUGUGACAUUCUCAGUUUUCUUUCUGACCACAGAAACUGUUUUCGCACUAAAUGAGUUUAAUGUUCGUCACUUUAAACUAAUCCUAUACUACAUUCUACUCUGAAAUUUAAAUUAAUCAUAUAGAAAUUUUUUACUUUUCUCCUUG